UGCUCAGUUUGUUAUCUUCUACUACUUCAGGAAUUAACAGUAACCCUAGUAGUAUUUCCAAGCGUCCACAAUUUAUUAAGCAGACUUGCUACUUGAAUAAUUAUUUCUGCAAUGGGAAAGAGAAAAGCAACAUCUGGUAUCCACAUGGCUGGGCCACGUAAGAAGAUGAAAUGUCUUAACUGUACAUUUUCACUGGUGUUGCUGUAUCAGCACAUCUCUACUCAUCUUGGAAUGGAUGUUUUUGUAUGUUGUCUUUCCUCACAGUAACAUUCUUGGUUUGAUCUCUCCUAGGUGCAUAGCGUAAUGUCCAUGCUGUGCUACACUCUGAUUAUAGCAUUUCUGAUUGGCAUAUGGGCAGCACCAAAAUCUGAAGAUAAUGCCCCACUGGGCUCCCCUGCAACGUCUGACCUUUCUGAAACCAGCUGGACUAAAACUCACCAUGUUCUGAAAACAUCUCAACACAGAGAUCAGAACCAUCCUGCUCCUAGGAAGGCAGAAGAUCAAGAAGCCGGGUCAGCAGCAAACAUCAUUGUGGAUCCAAAGCUUUUUCAGAAGAGGCGGUUCCAGUCACCUCGUGUUCUGUUCAGCACUCAGCCCCCACCUUUGUCAAGAGAUGGACAAAGUGUGGAGUUCCUGGACAGUGCAGACUCUCUUAAUAGGAAUACCCGGGCCAAACGUGCAACUCAUCCUGUACAUAACCGAGGGGAGUAUUCUGUGUGUGACAGCAUCAGUGUCUGGGUUGCCAACAAAACCACAGCAACGGACAUCAAAGGCAAACAGGUGACUGUGAUGGUGGAUGUAAACCUUAAUAACAAUGCCUACAAGCAGUACUUUUUUGAGACCAAGUGCAGAGAUCCAAAACCAGUACCAAGUGGGUGCAGAGGCAUUGAUGCCAGGCAUUGGAAUUCUUAUUGCACCACAACACACACAUUUGUCAAGGCAUUAACCAUGGAAGGCAAUCAGGCAUCCUGGCGCUUCAUUCGGAUUGACACUGCCUGUGUCUGCGUAAUCAGUAGAAAAACUGAGAACCUCUGAUCGACCAUUGCCGCCCAGAGUCACUGGUUUGAGAUGGGCGGCUAUAUAAAUUGAAUAAAUAAAUAAAUAAAUAAAUUGCUCCAGUACCCACUUUCUCCCAGCCCCCUACCUCAGCCUGUAAAUUAUUUUAAGUUAUGAGGACUCUAUGAUAUAUUUAUAGUUUAUACAAGUAAAUAAAUGAAUCCUCAUUAUUUAUUAAAUUCUUUU